AUGGCGACGGGAGUGAGCUGGGCAGAUCACGCUGCCAAAUGCAACGGCUCGAAAACAACUCUCGCGCACCCGCUGCUGCACUACGACCACGAUAUGCAUUUGAAAAUGAGUAAGAAGAUCGCCCAGUUAACCAAGGUCAUAUAUUCACUAAAUACCAAAAGCGAUGAGCAUGAGGCUUCCCUGCAGGCUCUUAAGGAAGUUCACCAGGAGGAGAUCCAACACAUCCUUGCUGAGACACAGAGUAAGAUCUCAAAAUAUAAGAACAGAGUGAGGGAGGAAAUAGAUUUCAGACAUCAAAUUCAGUCUCUUGAGGACACCCUGGAGAAACACAAGAAAGCCAAGGAAGAGGUCUUGACACAGUUUGAAUUUUACAAACAGCAAGUAGCAGAGCGGGAGAAGAACAUGGAGAGAGAACACGCAGAAAGAAUAGUGGCACUGUCAAGGGAGAUGCUUAAUAUUAAGAAGGAGUUUGAGAGCAACCUGCAACACUUCAUGGAGAUCCAGCACAAGCUAGAGCAAGACAAACAGUCGGCAAUAACAGAGAUUGUGAAAGUAAACCAGGAGUCAGAAAGCCUUCAGGAAAAUUGCAAAGUGCUCCGAGGCUGCUUCAAUGAAAAGUUUAAGUUAGAAGAGAAGCACAAAAUGGAUAUUCAGUGCUUGAACCAAGAGCUGGAAGUCCUAAAAUCAGAAAAAAUGAGGCUAACCACAGAGUUUGAGAAAAAAGUAAGCAAACUGCAAGUCUCACAUCAAAAGGAAUUGGAAUCUCUGAAAAAGGCUUUGCAACAGUCAGUAACUGAGACGCUGAAACAGUGGCAGACUGGACAGAAGAAGAGUCUGCAAGCUCAGGAGGUGGCACUGCAGCUAAAACUGAAGAAGCUGGAGAGAGAUGUAGAACUCAAAGACCAAAUCGUGCAUGAGUCUAAAACCCAAUGUCAGAAAUAUCAGGAACUGCUGAACGCUGCAGAGCUCAAAAUCCAGGAUUUGGAAAAACAACUUCAAAAAGCAGACAAUAAAUUGGCAACGUCAAGUGAAAAUCUGCAAAAGAUGGAAGAUGAAGCUCAGCUUUUGAGAGGGAGACUUUUAGAACAGAAAGCUGUAUUAAUCCAUAAAGCAGACGAGAACAAGGAAGUUUCCAAGUCCAAACUCAAUGCUUUGGCUGAACUCGAUGACUUAAAGAAUCAAGUGUCAGAGCUACAGCAUCAGGUAACAGUAUGGGACCAACAGCAGCAAGGAAAUAAAGAUGUUCAGGCUGAGCACAGUCUGCAGCUAACACAGGUCAUCGAGGCUCUUGCUCGUGAGAAAGAGGAACUUCAUAAGAGGCAUGAAGAGGAGCUGAAGAAACUGAAGCGAGUGGCAGAAGAGGAGAAGCUUCGUCUGAAGGAGCAGCUGAUGAAAGGGCUGGAGGAGCUGGUAAAGAAGCAUACCACUGAGAUCAAGGCAGUACAGACCUCAAUGGAAUUAGAAAGGAAAAGAAUGCAGAAGGAACUACAAAAUCAGCUGGAUGAAAUUAACAUCAAAGUCGAGAACGAAAGGCGUCUGUUAGAGAAAGAAAAGGAGGUACUUCAUAAUCGACUUCAGGAUUCCCUACAGCAGAUUUCUAGGAUGGAAAACUUAAUGGAGCAGAGAAAUAAGGGCGUAGAACACCCUGACCCUCACUGUACACAACUGCAAGCAAGUUAUGAAAGCGUACUGAAGGAUCGGGAACAGGCACUCAACAAGAUAUCAGAGCUGCAGGAGAUAUUGAAGAAGCAGAAAGAACAACAUGAAGCUUUGGUUUCCUCCUUGCAAAAUGAACACCUUCAACAAACACAACAAGUAGAAGCUAAGUGGAGAGAGAAAAUGCGAUGUGAUGGCGAGAAGCUGCAGGAAAGGCUGAAGAAAGAACAUGCAAGUGACAAGCAGACUGCCCUAGCUCACCUGCAGCAGGAGAAAGAACUUGAACUGGAAACCCUGCAGAAAAAGUGGAAAGACGUAACAGGAGCACUUGAAGCAAAGCUUGCAGAUACAGAGAAGAGUUUAGAACAACAAAUUACUAUUUCCCAAGCCACAGUCCAGUUGCUUCAAUCCCAGUUGGCUAAAGAAAAGGAAACUCUCCUGCAGAAUGUUCAGCACGUCUCUUCGUUAAAUCAGGAUCUUAAAUCCCAGCUUGAGACCCUAAAACAACAAGCCCUCAAAAUUGAGGAGGGAAGUAAACAGCAGGAGGAUGACUACCAGCAUCAGCUAAAGACACUGAAAGAGGCUUUAUUAAUGUCCCAGAGUGAAAUGUCUGAGCUGCAGAAAGAAAGGACGCUCCUUCAGUACAAUGUGGAACGGCUCAGCCAGGAACUGGAAUUAAAGAAUCAAGAAGCCCUCCGGCAGAGAAUUAAACAGGAGCAUCACAAAUCAUUGGAAGAGUUGAAGGCAGAACAUGAAAAGGAAGUCAACUUGCUGAAACAAAAUCAUUUAAAAGAAAUCCAAGGCAUUGUGUCUGAUUUCAGUAGCUCCCAAACCAGCCUCCAAGCAAAAGUAGUUUCCUUGGAAACUGAACUGAAAGAAAUCGAAGAAAAAUCAAAAAAGCAUGAAUCCAAACCAGAAGAUUUGCACCUCAUUAAUAAGCUUCAAGAUAAGCUAUCAGAACGUGAUCAGGUUAUUAAAAAACUCUUGGAUGACAGGAGGUUUAAGCAAAUUUCCUUGGCAAACAGUGAAAGUAACAUCAAUAGAUCUUUUAUCCAAAGUCCUACACCUGGAAGCUUCACUUCAAACCUGAAGAAGAAGAGAACAGAAGAUGUACCAGUCCGGGUGGUCAGUGUUCCAAACCUAACUUCAUGUGAGAAAAGCUUAUCAUGUUCGAUCAAUAAGUUUCCUGCGAUCACUAAAUCUCCAAGCCUGGACCAAAAUCUCAACAGUGCAUCAAGAAUAUUUCUACAAGUCCAGCCAUCAAAACCAGCCCCAUGCAUUACAAAUGAUAGCACCGAAAAUCAAAAUAAAGGAAAAUAUCCUCAGCAACAAGAAUGGUUCACUAAAUAUUUUUCAUUUUAAAACUGAAUUAAAUGCACAUUUUUUAAAAUAAAAUUUCAUUUUACAUUUUUUGUGAUGUCCUCAAUUCACAGUUCUGAUAUUCCAUCUUAAAAUGGUAAGGAAAUUUUCACCAGCAUAUAUAAAUAUUGCUCUGAGCAUGAAGUAAUUAAAUUCUGUCAUAUUUAAUCUAAAAUCAAUAUAUAUUGUUUGACAAUUAUCCCUCUCUUCCCCCCCCCCCCCAUCCCUCUCUGCCCCUUUGCAUUUCUCCCUGUCCCUCUGUCUGUGUGGAAAAUUGCUGACUUCAAGAUUCUGAUACAAAUAUUAGCUCAAAUAGGAUAGCAUGCUAUUCCUUUGAAAAAAAUCUCUUGCACUUUAUACUGUCAAUUUUGGUUUUGGUAAUACAGAAAAUCUUUGAAAAAUUGUUUAAUUUAAAAGAAAAUGUAGGUAAUCUGUGCUUUUAUUAAAUGUACUAGUACAUAUGGUUUUAGCAUUUAUCUUAAUUAGUGAAAGGCAAAUGUAGAUAAACUUCAAAAGCAAGAUAUUAAGAUCAAAAAUGAAAGACUACCUCAUAUGUAAAGUAAUUGAAAAGAUAAAGUUACAGAAUGCAGUACUAAAACAGUCCUGUUAUUUAAUCGUGUUGUGUUAUACGCUAUUUCACAUUGUACACAGUACUGCAAGCUUACAUGUCUUCAUUCUUAGAGCAGGUGUUAAUUUACAGAAUCGGCUAAAGGGGUUAGCAGCAAAAGAACAAAAUGGAAAUAAUUGACUGCUUAUUGACGCUUGACAAUACUCAUUUAUUUGAAUGUUAGAAUUGAACAAAUUUUACUCCUUGUUCAUAACUGAACCCUUAUCUCAGACUUUUGUUUCUUCCUUUAACGAAAAGAUCCUGUUUGCAAAGAUAAAUUCUGGGGUGAUUAUAAAGGUUUAAAUGACCUAAAGGAACCAUUCUGAGUAAACCAUAACACUGUUGCAGAGUGUACAUAGAACUAUGGCACAGGACGAUUAUUACCCAAGUAGUGCGGGUGACAGCCAGAAAUUAUGGGCAAUUGAAACUUAUUACAUAUUGUUAAUGUCACAAAGUAAUCACUAAGGAAAUAUAGGACUCGUGAUGUUUUUGUUAAUGAAAUAAGUGCUGCAUUGUAACCAGAGAACAUGGUGCUAUUUGUACAGUUUUUAAAAUUGCAAUGAUGCU